UGGGUCCGUUAAUAGAAAGCGUGUGAGGAUCGCGUCGGCUCGGUUUCUGUCUGACUCUCAGCAUUAUUCAGGCCGCACGAGCAGAAUUCACGCAUCCGGCAGUUUGGAGGAGACUACGUUUCCCAUCAGCCCCGCGGGGCGCAUCGAUUUUCAUUUUUUCGGUGGCCUUUUUUUUGUUGUUGCAGGUUUGCAGCUGGAGCAGCUGGAUGAACCGCGACUGCGCAGCAGCCUUGUCUCUCUGAGGGGAACACCUAGUGAUUGUUAAACGGACCGAAGACCCGCGCGCUAUUUUACAUACACGAAUUCUAAUUGAAAGUGUUUUUCAUUUAUUCUUUUUCCUAUUUGUACCUUGUUGUGGGAGCAGCCUUUAAAGCACAACUUCGGCUGACUGGGAGGGUCAUUUCUAAAUCUCUGUCCGGACGGAGCGGACUGUAAACUCAGCACAUCACACUGUUGGACCGACGAGCCUUCAGUGCCAACGCCUUCCCCCCUCUCUCUCCCCCCUCUCUCCCUCUCUCCCCCCUCUCUCUCUCUCUCUCUCUCUCUCUCUCUCUCUCUCUCUCUCUCUGGGAAACUUCAGCUCGCACUGGACUCCGCUUCUUUCUUUCUUUUCUUUUGUUUUUUUUAACGACGUUUGCCUUCAACUCAUGAGCUGCUGAACAAGCCGAGCCCGAAGAAGAAGCGGACACGGUGAAAAUGGGCUGCACGAUCAGCGCCGAGGACAAAGCCGCGGUGGAGAGGAGUAAAAUGAUUGACAAAAACCUGCGGGACGACAGGGAGAAGUCCUCCAGGGAAGUGAAACUCCUUCUGCUUGGUGCUGGUGAAUCUGGGAAAAGCACAAUAGUGAAGCAGAUGAAAAUCAUUCAUGAAGACGGCUACACAGAAGAGGAGUGCAAGCAGUACAAAGUGGUGGUGUACAGCAACACCAUCCAGUCCAUCAUGGCCGUCAUCCGGGCGAUGGGACGCUUAAAGAUAGAUUUUGGGGACGCGGCGCGGACGGACGAUGCCCGCCAGCUGUUCGUGCUGGCGAGCUCGGCAGAGGAAGGAGCGAUGUCGGCAGAGCUGACCGGCGUGAUCCAGAGGCUUUGGGGCGACGCCGGAGUGCAGGCGUGCUUCGAUCGGUCAAGAGAGUAUCAGCUCAACGACUCAGCCGCAUACUACCUGAACGACUUGGACAGGAUCUGUCAGCCGAGCUACGUCCCGACUCAGCAGGAUGUGCUACGCACGCGUGUGAAAACCACUGGCAUCGUGGAAACUCACUUCACCUUCAAAGAUCUCUAUUUCAAGAUGUUUGAUGUCGGGGGUCAGCGCUCCGAGAGGAAGAAGUGGAUCCAUUGUUUUGAGGGAGUCACAUCAAUCAUUUUUUGCGUAGCGCUCAGUGACUAUGACCUUGUGUUGGCUGAGGAUGAGGAGAUGAACCGGAUGCAUGAGAGCAUGAAGCUCUUUGACUCCAUCUGCAACAACAAGUGGUUCACGCUCACGUCCAUCAUCCUCUUCCUCAACAAGAAGGACUUGUUUGAAGAGAAGAUCGGCAGGAGUCCGCUCACCAUCUGCUACCCCCAAUACCCCGGUGGGAACUCAUACGACGAGACCUCCGGUUACAUCCAGUACCAGUUUGAGGAUUUAAACAAGCGAAAGGACACCAAGGAGAUCUACACCCACUUCACUUGUGCCACAGACACCAAGAACGUGCAGUUUGUGUUUGACGCUGUCACCGAUGUCAUCAUCAAGAUCAACCUGCGGGAGAUCGGGCUCUACUGAAGCUUGAGGCCGUGCAGGUGUCGGGAGCAGAAUCUGGACUUGUGUGUCUUUUUUGCAGAGGGCAAGUAGGUGUUACUUAAGGACUGAGCUGAACGCCGCACCUGAAUGCAGACUUGAUUCUACAAUUAUUGUCUCAAUAGAUGUCACCACGCAGAGCACACAGGGGGAAAGUGAUAAUUGGGGGACGGUUGUGAAACAGUAUCCGGUGUCGUAUUUAAGACCAUUCCAUCAGGAGGGGGGGAGGUGUGGG